UUGGUUUACGCGCCGCGCCGAGAAGUAGAAAUGGAAACACCAAGCAGCGACAGUAAACCAGAUGAACAGCCGACAGAUGAAGGGAUGGAGGCGGACAGAUCCAUGUCCCGGUCUGACAGUGGUAGUGGAGAUGAUUCCCUGGAUGGCCUCUCAAACCGUGUCCCCCGGUGCCCUUUGACCCCUUCAUUAUCACCUCGAAAACGGACCACCAGUCAGUCAAAGACAGAGCCUCCACUGCUGAGGACCAACAAGCGGACCAUCUACACCGCUGGCAGACCGCCGUGGUACAACGUGACCGGUACCACCUUCAAAGAGGCCUUCGUCAUCGGUCUGUGUGGAGGAAGUGCUUCUGGGAAGACUACAGUAGCCAAUAAGAUCAUUGAGGCACUGGAUGUUCCCUGGGUGGUUCUUCUCUCCAUGGACUCUUUCUACAAGGUGUUAAACAAAGAAGAACAGGAGCUUGCCGCCAAAAACGAGUAUAACUUUGAUCACCCUGAUGCCUUUGACUUUGAACUGCUGGUCACAGUUCUCAGAAAGCUGAAGAAAGGAAAAAGCAUCAAAGUCCCAGUGUAUGACUUCACUUCUCACUCCAGACGCAAAGAAUGGAAAACUGUAUAUGGAGCCAAUGUUGUCAUCUUUGAGGGCAUCCUUGCCUUUGCAAAUAAGGAGCUACUGAAGCUCCUGGACAUGAAGGUGUUUGUGGACACAGAUUCGGACAUCCGUUUGAUACGGAGGCUGAAGAGGGACAUUUCGCAGCGUGGCCGGGACAUCAGUGGCAUCAUAAAACAGUACAAUAAGUUUGUGAAGCCUGCCUUCGAGCAGUAUAUUGAGCCCACGGUGCAGGUCGCAGACAUCGUGGUGCCCAGAGGUGGAGAGAACUUUGUGGCAUUGGAUUUGAUUGUUCAGCAUGUUCACAGUCAGCUGGAGAAGAGGAAGCUCCGCUGGGAUAUAUCGGCUCUGGCCUCAGCUCACCAGGGGCAGCCAUUACCCAAAACCCUCAGCGUCAUGGAGAGCACGCCACAGGUUCUUGGCAUGCACACAAUCAUCAGGAACAAGGAGACUAACCGAGAUGAGUUUAUCUUCUACUCCAAGAGAUUAAUGAGGCUUCUGAUUGAACAUGCCCUCUCCUUCCUGCCUCUCAAGUCGGUGUCGGUGGAGACUCCUCAGGGCAGCAUCUACGAGGGUAAAAGGUUGAGUGGGAAAAGAAUUACCGGUGUGUCCAUCCUUAGAGCUGGGGAGACCAUGGAACAGGCUCUGAUGGCUGUUUGUAAAGACAUCAGGCUGGGAAAGAUCCUCAUCCAGACCAACCACGAUACAGGAGAACCAGAGCUUCACUACCUUCGUCUGCCCAAAGACAUCAGUGAGGACUAUGUCAUCCUGAUGGACAGCACCGUAUCCACCGGAGCUGCUGCUCUCAUGGCUGUCCGAGUGCUGCUGGACCAUGAUGUUGCAGAGGAUAAGAUCUUCCUGCUGUCGCUGCUCAUGGCAGAGAUGGGCGUCCACUCAGUGGCUUAUGCCUUCCCUAAAGUCCGCAUCAUCACCACGGCUGUGGACAAAGAGGUCAACGACCAGUUUCACAUCAUACCAGGCAUCGGUAAUUUUGGAGAUCGUUACUUUGGCACUGACGCUCCUUCAGACUGGUGUGAAAGUGACGAAGGGAUGGACUUCUGAAGCAUGGACCAAUCAGCAGUUAGGAGGGUUGUUUAUAAAGCACUUAGUCAGAAUAACAGAAUAAGACCCUCGUGUUCGGCUCCAUUUAAGGUCAGGAUGUGAUGCUGACACAACGUGGAGACUUCACUGUUAGGGUUGAACCCUGAUGGACAGUGAAGAGUCUAGUUCAGAUUUCCAUCCAGGCGAGUUUUAGUGCUUAUUUCCAUUUUUUUCAUUCAUGUUUACAGCAAAGAACAAGGAGUCAAAGCUCAAUGUUGCCUGAUGAUUAUUGUGCCUGACACCUUUUACCUUUAUACCUUACUUUAAAAAAAACAAACAAAAAAAACCCAGUAAAUAUUCCACUGCAAUGACAAAAUAUGCAGGAAACCAAGCUACCUACUGAGAAAAUGCUUGAUUAUAAUGUUCCUGUAGUUGCCUGGAGCUUGUAAAGUCUCAGGCUGUGAAGCUGAAACUCAUGUCCAAUCAGUUUACUGGAAGAGCCAUGAAGUCCAGCUUUUCCUCUUCCAGUAUUUCUUUAUCUUCGCGAGCCAGAUGUUGUAAAUAACCAAUGCUUGAAUAAUUCCAGCUGCAGAGUUUAUCUGAAAAUGCUUGACUAGAGCUCAGCUCAGUUUGAGUCUUAAAGGGGUUCUAUGUAGUAUUGAUAUUCCAAACUAUCUACAGCAGUGGGAGGCUGUGAACCACAACGUGUCCUACAGCUACAAAAACCACCAACAGAAAAACCACAAGUAAAUUUUAAGCUCAUUGUUUACACACUUCUGUAUUAUGGUAUCAGCAAGUUUCCUACUUUGAAGACAAGCUCAGUCAAUCAACAUUACAGUGUCUUAUAAUCUUCAUGUGCUGCUUCAGCUGAUAGUUUACAUUAUAGCUCUGUUUUAGACAGAAAAAGGCCACAGUAAAACCAUAAAUCACCUCAGUUUUCUGUACAGUUUGUCAAUAGAUUAACUAAAUGUUUGGAAUCAUCCGAAAAAAGGUCAGUACACUCAUAGUUUAGUCUGAACUGUGGAUCAACAAACAGAUACCUAGCAAAGGUAAUAAUAUCACAUAAUAAUGUAACAAUAAUAAUAAUAAAUAAAUAAAGAUAAAUUGCAUUUCUAAAGCACUUUUCAUUCAAAAGUGCUGCAGUGAAAAAGAAAAUCUUAGAAUGAAAUAUCGUCUGCUGUUAGUUUACCAUAGGAGAUUGGUUGACUCACUACUCCCUCUAGUGGUCAUAAACAUUUCUCAGUGACACAUCGGCCUGUGGCUGUAAAUAAAUCUCUGCAAUACAACAUCAUCUUUCAGUAACAUCUUUGACAUACUGUCACAUGUCUUUAUUUUAAACACUCUAAUAAUGUUUUGAUACUCUGAGGUGUUUUUGAAGUAUAAAUACUACAUACAGCCCCUUUAAGGUUAAAUAGUAAUUAAUGUUCUUCAAGAAGUCGAUAUCUUUCAAAAAUAAGCGAUAAGCAAAUCACGUGUUUGCACAAAGACUCAAAAUGCCUCAGCUUUUAUAUCGUGGAUGUGUAGUACUGUCGAGUGAAUGGAAAUUCUCCAGAUUUGGGAGAUUUUAUGUCUAAUUACCAGUGUAGUGUAGUGUUCUCAUACUGUAUUUUCAAGCUUUUAUUGGAUGGUGUUGUACAUUUUCAUUCUGCCGUCUUUUCUGUCAAAUGGUUUUAUCUCAGGCAUCUUUCAGUAAAAGGGACAACAAAGCUCCAUACUUGAACAAGAAGACACAAGUUUGAUGAGGGAAACGGUCAUCAAUAAUAAUAUCAGUUACAUCCCUUCUUCUUCUGUUACCUCUUGAAUAUUUCGCUAAAUAUUUUCAUUCAACAAGCUACUGUGCCAGUACAUUUUCAUCUGAAUUUGUAGAUCCUUGUUACAUCGCUGCUUAAAUUACUCGGCUCUGCUUUAUUGGGUCGCUGAAGUAUCUACAAAAUGCUUUACAUCAUGUAUAAACCACUGAUGUUCGGAACCUUUAACUCGACCGGUGCUUUUGCAUCUUCGCUUUCUAAUUUGACAAAUGUAAACGAUAAACACGAGACCAAAUCACUUAAAAAAAAAAAAAAAAAAAAAAAAAAAAAAAAAAAACGUAUUGCACUUGUAUCGGCAGAAGAUGAUGCAUUUAAAUGCAAAUCUCACUAUUAAGUAUGUAAUGCAGAAACUGACGCACAGAGGGCGCUUUCAUGUUACAGUAACUUCGUUCGCUGCGGCUCCAGACACUUUUUUAUGUUUUUAUUUAUUUAUUAUGGUGUUGCAGGGAUUCUACAUUACAUAUGUUUUGCAGUUCAUCUUUUGUUGGUUUCACACAAACAAAUCCAUCUUGUUCUCAGUCUAUCAGGUUUAUCUGAUCAGCAGGCAGUGGUGGAAUGUGACCAAGUACUUCUACUCAUGUACUGCACUGGAGGUGCUUGAACUUGGCUUUUAUUUUACUUUUUUGCAGCUUUUUUAGUUCUACGCUACUUCAUCUCAGAGGCCAGGUAUGAACUUUUUACUCCACUACAUUUCUCUGACGGCUUUAAUUACUUUUCUUAUUGCAGUUUUUAAUCCCUUUACUGUCCGCUGAAAACCAUGUGUUUCCAAAUGUGCAUCUCUGACCUCAGAAAUGAAUAUAAUAAUAAUAAGAGACUGUUUUCCUUCAGUUUCUGAGCAUGAACUUCUUUUCGUUCUUUACAAUUGACUCCUGUUGCUUCUAUUUUGAAGUGAAGGUGGCGAUAAUCUGGACAAUUUGUAGUAAAAGUGCAUGAUUCUAAUGCAAAAAGAGACAAAUUGGAAAGGAAACCACUAUACUUAAUACAUUUUACCAGAGAUGGAAUUUAGCAAGUACUAAUUAACAGUAAAACCCUCUUGGAUUCACUGGAAAGUGCAUCGUCACAAAGCUGAAAAUGGGCCUGAGCUCAUGAAAUGUUGACAUUUUAGAGACACAUGGUUCUCAAAGUACAGCUACAUACAUAUAAUUUAAAAAAAAUACAAUGCAUUUGCUUUAGAUUAAACUACUAUCAGUUUGUAAAGCUCAGCCUUAAACAUGUGAAGCAGUAAAACGUCACAAACACACCAAUACAACCGUAAAAUGACCCCAAAAACCACAUAGUAACACUGACUGAGACCAUUUUUACCUUUCACACUUGAAGUACAUUUUGGUGAUAAUUCUCAUAUUUUUGCUUAAGUGAGGUUUUAAUGCAGAACUUUUACUUGUAGUGGAGUAUUUUCAGUAGUAAAUGUGAGUAUUUCUUCCACCACUGUCAACAAGCCUUUUUCACACUUUACAAAUGUCUUUGAAUAAUGGCUGCAUUCCUUUUCGGUGCUUAGAAAUCACCACACUUUUCACCAGUGUUAGUUACGAAGAUUAAUUUAUUAUUCGUCAGCUGCUAAAUUAAGUCUCUGACUGUAAACUAAAUAUCUGUUACUUUUUGUACCAAACCAGACAUUGGAUGACGUCAUUUGGGGUUUUGAGAAACACUGAUCAACACGUUUCAGCAUUUUUCUGGCAAAAUAAUUGAUUAAUCAAGAAAAUAAUUCCGAUUAAUCACCAACCUGUAGUAAAAUCCUGCUGCUUUCUUGCUGUCUACACAAUCUAAAGCUGAUUUCAGACCCAUCAGAAAUGUGAGGAACUGAAAAUCGGGACAAAUCACCUGAAAACGAUCUACUGUUAUCUACUCAGUACAGUUCUUACAAUUUUUGGUGCCUCAAAUUGUGGGAUUACCAAACACUAACUGUUCGAAGUUUUAAAAUCAAUCCAUUAUAAAGAAACAGCUCAAGUUUAUUUUUUAAGUGUUAUAACAGUCUGUCUUUUCCUCUCUAUUAUAACAGUAUACAGCUACAGAGUGGAAAUUAUUUAUAUUAAUUUCCUGACUGUUUUUAAUCACAGGUUUUGUAAGUGAUCGAAAGUUUGGACAUCUGUAGGAACUGAUUGGCUAAACUUUAAAAGCUUUAUUUUGCAUCUGCUGCAGAAAAAGCUGUAAAUCAUAACAAUUUACAGGAUUUUAAAACACAAAUUUACAUCAUCUUGCAAGAAACUGGACAAAGAAUAAAAACUGACAGAUUGUUUUAACCUGUUGUACUCUUGGGAGAAAAUGGAUUUAGAUGAAUGAUGGUUAAAGUUACACCUCAUGGAUUCCAGCCAUUAUUAAAGGUAUUUCUUUGUGAAUUCAAGUCUUCAAUGAAAAAAGAGCGUUUUCUGUUUGUGCCACGUCAUCAACUGUACAGAAUAAACGUAAUUUAAAACCCUUGAA